CGUCAACGUGAGGAGGUCAGACAGAGCCAGUCCUCCCCCCUGAACAGUUCCAGCCCUGGAAAUAAUUUAUUACAAUACAGAAAAAUAAACUAGUUUCCCGUUUUCAGAAGGACGAGACGCUAAAGCUCGUGCUGCGACAUCAACCUUUAGCUUCGGAGAGCGGUUAGCUUCCCGAGCUAACACCAGCUAGCCGGAGUAGCUGUUACCUGCUGUGGAUUGUACGCAGCUGACCUCGAACAGAGAGCCGCUUGUUCUGUCGUUAGGGGCGGCUCUGCCCCUCCACCCCCGGCCUGACACCCUCAGCUCCCUCCGUUGCUAAGCGGCGCCCUGCGGACGGUCCCCGAAUAUGAUCUACAAUGAGUCAGAGAGAUACUUUAGUUCACCUGUUUGCUGGAGGAUGUGGGGGCACGGUUGGAGCCAUAGUGACGUGUCCGCUGGAAGUGGUGAAGACUCGUCUCCAGUCGUCCUCCAUCACCCUCUAUGUGUCUGAGGUUCAGCUAAAUACCGUCAAUGGGACCAGCGUGGCCCGCAUGUCUCCACCAGGACCCCUGCACUGCCUCAAGUUGAUUCUGAAGAAAGAAGGCGCUCGAUCUCUCUUCAGAGGCCUGGGGCCCAAUUUAGUGGGCGUGGCACCUUCCAGAGCUAUCUACUUCGCCGCUUAUUCCACCGCCAAAGAGAAGCUGAACGGCGUCCUGGAACCGGACUCCACGCAGGUGCACAUGCUGUCGGCUGGGAUGGCAGGUUUCACCGCCAUCACAGCUACAAAUCCAAUAUGGCUCAUAAAGACGCGGCUACAGUUGGAUGCGAGGUAA